CGAUGGAAUCAAUGGCGACUAAUAAUCCGCUUUCUCCCAAAUCUAAUGUCAACUCUAUUAGAUACCGCGUGCUUUCAAGAGUUGCGCGGGAUGUUCUUGCAGUUCCGAUAUCUACAGUGGCCUCUGAGUCAGCUUUUAGCACAGCAGGUCGAGUACUUGAUCUUUUCUGCAGUAGCCUAUCUCCACUUAUGGUAGAAGCCCUUAUUUGUACACAAAAUUGGCUCUGUUCUUCUGUCCCGAUUAACAUUCGCACUUUAAUGGAUGAUGUUGAGGAGUUUGAGAAAAUUGAUACAGAGCUCAUGGAAGACCUAGGGAGUUCUUUAAGACCUACUUCUUUGGCUAGAGAUAAUUAA